AGAUCAAAGAUGGCAGGAGCGCAGCUGACAUCUCAGUGUUGUCUUCCAUAAAUCUCUCCUGCCCAACGCCACGUGGUUGGAUUGCUAACUCGCUGGCUCCUGUGUCUCUGUGACAAAAAGAUCUGACCUCUGCUCUAGGCUGGCAGUCCCAGGACAUGACAGAAAGGCGGAUAGCGUGUUCGCAGAAGGCAGGGUGGGUGGGGGAGGCAGUGUUGUGAUAUGAUUUCCAAAUAACUACUAGUUAAAAGUUUCGAUCAUGCACAUGCUCCAGUACAGUCGAUAAUCUACCUCAUCGAGUGCACCGCCUUAGGAGCGGAUUUAGAUAGUCUUCGGGCGUCAUUGAAAAUCUAGGCGAAUGGAAUCCGCGACCUCAGGGUCAGGUAAUCUACGCGCCGCUCAGACGCAUGUACAGUUGUAGACUCCCUCUGGGUUUAUCAACGCUACGGUCGCCUGGCAGCUCCCAAAUCCGCACCUAUUAACCGGCUUCCUCCAAUACACAUCAUCAAUGUGCUCCCCUCUUCAUACGGCACCUCGCUGCAGACGACAGACUCGCAGAUCCUCUCCAUUUCGUCUGCCGAAAUUUAUGUCAGAAAGAUGAAGCAGUGUGGACUGGACCAUGCAUGCAGAAAUUAUCCACUCAGAUGUCAUGGCUGCUUGCUGCUAGAUUAUUGGACAAUAUGUAAUUUCAGUAGUACGGCAGCAUCAAUCCCACAGUCAGACCUCGCCUCUCAUACAUAAGCUGCACGUCGCCGAGAGCCCCAGCUGUUGCAUCUCUCCAUGACGACGGAAGCGAGGCAGGGGGAGCCGAGAACGAUGGCCAGGCUGUGCCGCUACAACAGGAUCCUCCUGCUGAAGAUGUUCCUGGUGCUGCUGGCAGUGUCGGGGGUGUACUUCUACACCUACCAUGUGCUGGAGUGGGGCGCGACCGUGCGGAGUAGAGGUAGCAGUGCCAACGGUUUCAAGGUGGGGGAGUUUGCCAGCAACCCCGACCUGCAGGAGGCUCUGAGGCUGAUGAGAGAAGAGCAGGAGGAGGAGGAGCAAGAGCAGGCCGAUGAUGACGUCUGUCCGCCGUUCACGCUGACCUCUGGGAGACAGUCAGACCCCCCGGGGCAGGGUGAUGUGACCUGCAGGAGGAUCACCCCCAUUAAAGGGUCGUGUAAGCUGGGGAGGGAGAUGUUUGAAGGAAAAGAUGUGGAGACGUGCGAGUCAUGGGGAGAGGCUCGGGACAUCUGCCAACUGCAGGAAAGUCCAGGCCCAGAUAAAUACAAGGUGCACUGUGACCCGGACAUGUGUAAGUCCUCCAUGGCCCUGGGCACCAUCCACCCAAACCUGGGCAUCCUGGACUGGCAGGAGUUCUCCACAGUAGACAGGCUACAGCUGGCCAUCCGGCGCCUCGCCACCGCCGACUAUAGCCAGUACCACUACGGCUUCUGCUACAUACGCUGCCGACCCUUCCAUAGAUACCGAAGGAGAAAACUGUUGCAUGACACACACAUUCAGCAUCAGGGCCAACAAAUCAUUUCAAAUCACAGCUAUAGUCAUGAUAUUUACAGAAAUAGAAGAAGAACUUUUUUCUCUAAACAGGGUGAUGCAUUUCUAGUAUCACCUAGAACUUUGAAGAACAACAGUGUUAAUAGUGUGGUUGGGCAGACAACAAGAAAAUCUGUCCCUGGCCAAAACAAUAACAGAAGACUUCUCCAGGAUGACAGUCUGAACAACAAUAUAGGUACAAAUAAAGGGGAAAACCCAAAUACUGAUCAAGAGGAGGAGCCAGAAGCAGAGGAUGGGAACUUUGGCAAUGACUUCUAUGAGGGCGGUGAUGCAGAUGAUGAUAACUACGAAGAUGAACGUUACAAUGAUGAAGAUGACAAAGAGGAAUAUGACUACUAUGAUGAUGAGCAGCGGUACAUAAUGCAGCUCAUCAUUCUCCCUCCACAGAUGAAGCCAGUGGAGAAACCCGUGAAUGGGAGCAACAAGAUUAACAUUAACAUCGUUCUGUUAGACUCUCUAUCACGGCACCACUUCUACAGAUCACUGCCACAGACGUUGGCACAGUUUCACAGCUUAAACAGUGGUAAAAGGUCCACUGCAAGAGUUCUUGACUUUGAACUUGUGCAAGCCAUAAGAAGUAGGACGUUUGAGUCAGUACAGGCUCUAUUUGCGGGGGAGAUUUUUGAACCAGACAAGGGCUUUAGUUCUCAGGACAUGCCUCCCAAGCCGUUGGAGGUGCAGAAAAUGUUCAUGCCAUUCAAGAGGCAAGGGUACGAAACCCUCUGGCUGGAGGACUUGUGUUGGACGUGGGAGUGGGGACUGGUGAAAAACCUUGCCAUGAUACAGUUUGGGGAGAGGUACAGGCUUCGGUGGAGGUCGUUCAGAGAGGCCGUGCAAAAGGCGGGCAUCGAUCGGCUGGAUGCCACGCUGACCAGCUGUGACAUCCUGAAGGAGAGCCACCUGCCCGACAUGUUCCACGGACCCCCUGCCAUCUGCUUCAAUGGAAGGUACCAACACGAAUAUCUUCUCAGUUACCUCAGGCAGAUGCAAGCCAAGAUGACACAGCACAACAGACCCAUGCUCAGCUACCUGAUGCUGAACACUGCACAUGAAGACUCAGGUUUGAGGGUGCAAACUCUCGACGAGGCAUUCUCAGAGUACGUCCAUUUUGUUGCAGGCCAACAGAACACGUUAACCAUCAUCUUUGCAGACCACGGGAACUCCUACGGAGACUUUUUGAAGGAGACGUAUGAAGGCCAGAUUGAACUGUACCACCCAGCACUCUUCAUGAUAGUGCCUGACAAGGUUACCAAGAUUCUGGGACACAAGAAAAUGAAGGCCUUAACCCUGAACCAGCACAGACUGGUCAGUUUGCUAGAUGUCCACUACACCAUUACAUCUCUGCUGCCAAAGAGGGAACAGACCAUGAACGCAGCUCAUCGCUCUCUCUACAUGUUAACCCUGAAUGGCCUGUUCAGUGAGAUCCCGACAAAUAGGACGUGUUCACAGGUACCUCGUAUCCUGCCCAACCUGUGUAUCUGUGAGGGAUACGACUCUCCUGUACGGAACGACUCCUACCACACGCUGUUCGCAGAGUUUGCUCUGGGGACUCUCAACAACCACAUUCUACAGCAGUUUGGGGAAGCCAACCCACAGGCGGUGUCAGGGGUUGGUUCGUGCCAAAGACUGGUGGCACACGGCUUCCACAAUGUGAAGGAACGACAUGGAAAGGAUGGUGUGGUGGUGGUGACCCUUGACCUCUAUGUGCAGUCAGGUGACAGCUCUGGCCAAUCGGAGGACGUCUUCACCGUGGUGGUGCAGUUUGAUGAGAACGAGGACACAGCCAUGACCCUCUUGGGCUACGAGCGGGUUUCCAAAUACGGGCACUACAGCAAGUGUGCUGACAAAGGUGUGAACGUGAAGUUGUGCGUUUGUUCCCUCAAAAAGCCUCUACAACCUCCAGAUGUCAACAAAGUUCCACGAUGGAACCUGCACUACCCUAUGGUGCUGGGCAGGAAAACCAAGGUGUCCGAGUUAGACAAAGGGUGCCUGUUUGCUCUGUACAGACAGAAUGAGUCAGGGGUGUCCUUUGAAGUUGCAAACGUGUGCCCAAAUUUUCGAUACACGGUGUGGUUUGACCUGGAGGUGUCCAACAUGCACAGGUCGGUGAGAACGUCCCCUAAGAAGGACCUGAAGCCAGGUGAUAUCCAGUUCACUGUGGUGCUGCUGCAGACAAGAACACAUCACAGCUGGAGAUGGACUUACAAAACUAGAUACAUGAGGAGAGACUAUCCAUGACUUCCUGUGAUAUUAUUCUCAGAUAAAGUUUUUAAAACGCUUUGAUAUUGUAGCUGUUAAGUUUGUGGAUUAUUUCCUCAUUAGUUAUGUCAGGAAGUACGGAAGAUGUUGUUUCUAUCGUAGAUCAUAAUAUAUUCAUAGUUAUGCAAGGAAAAAAGUGUUGCCAAUCCAGAAUAAUAUAUCUAAAAUCAUGUACAUGUACAUGUAUCCGACUUGACAAGUGUUGCCAGUAUUGUCAUUUGGUAAAAAUGUCUACUCAAAACAUUUCUCCUUGUGCGUCCAACUUGGAAAUAAAAACGGUGUACCAACUACAUAUUCAUAAUAUGAUUGAAAUACAAUGUCAACAUCUAACGUUAAUACCUUAUUGAUAUAAUGUUAAUUUUCAGUCAACUUGAAGAUUAUGAAUUUGAUAACCCAGUACAGUAUCAGUCAGCCACAGAAUAUUUUAACACAGUACGUGAUCUAGAGGUCUAUGCUUGAGUGUAACAAGGGUACAAUUUGUAGUUAUGUCAGGUAUAACUUGUUCAGUGCUGUAGAACUUGUGAAGGGUCAUCAUAGCUUUUUCUGCUGCCAAGGAUGUGAGAUUAGAAUGUUUUCUAAAUGUCUGCCAUAGAAACGUGCAUUUAAUGUGGAAUUAAUAAAGGAGUUGCUCAUCUUUUAAUCUUCAUGGGGAUGCCAUGAUUUCAGCAGUGUUGAAAACUGUGCCCGCCAAUGUGAACAGAAUAAGUGGCUAUUGUUACAAUGUCAGGAACAACCGCAACAUAUUUUUUAUGCUACUUGGGUGUUUCCUAUGAUGUAUGAAAAGUGUACCUGGUAUAGGAUAGGACUACUGGGUAACUGUACAAUGUAAUUUGGUCAAAGUGGCAUACCUAGAUUUUAGAUGAAUUGUUAUCAGGGACAAGGGCAAGAUUUUGGUAUUGUUAUAAUAAUCUUUAUGUUCAGUAGUAUAAAGGAGCCAGGUGCUGCUAUAUAGUUACAUAUACUUGUAUGUAACAAUUUGAUGGGAUAUGUAACAAGACAAGGGAAUACAUUCCUCUUCUAACAUCA